AUGUUUGGGAACUGUAUCGAUGCAAUCUUAGGUUGUUGUAGUCCAGGGGGCAGUAAAAAGAAGAUCAAAGGGACUGUCGUGUUGAUGAAGAAGAAUUUCUUGUGCUUCGAUGAUUUAACAGCGUCGUUUCUCGAUAGCGUUCAUGAGUUUGUAGGCCAAGGAGUCUCCCUGCAACUCAUCAGUGCUAUUAACAGUAAUCCUUCAGAAGCUACCUUGCAUUUGUCUGAUUCAGAUGGAGAUAAUGAUUUGAAAGGGAAGCUAGGAAAGCCUGCAGAGGUGGAAAAAUGGAUUACUAACGUCUCUUCCGUAAUUGCGGGCGAAGUUACCUUUGAUUGGGAUGAGGAGAUUGGAAUUCCAGGGGCAUUCCUGAUAAGAAAUAAUCGUCACAGUGAAUUCUACCUUAAGACUGUCACACUAGAAGGUGUCCCUGGCCCAGGCCGAGUCCACUUUGUUUGCAACUCAUGGAUUUAUCCUGCAAAGCAUUACAGUAAAGAUCGUAUUUUCUUUACCAACAAGACAUGUCUGCCACACGAGACACCGGCACCGCUACGUAAAUACAGGGAAGAAGAACUCGUUCAGUUGAGAGGAGAUGGAAAAGGAAAGCUUCAGGAAUGGGACCGCGUCUAUGACUAUGAUUACUACAACGAUUUGGGAGAUACUGGUCCUGACAAGGUUACAAAGUAUGUCCGCCCUGUUCUUGGGGGGUCUUCUAAGUACCCUUAUCCUCGUAGGGGCAGAACAGGCCGAGAUAAAACAGAAUCAGAUCCCAGCAGAGAGAGCAGGCUGCAACUUCUGAUGAGCUUAAACAUAUAUGUUCCGAGAGAUGAACGAUUUGGUCACUUGAAGUUGGCAGACUUCCUUGGUUAUGCACUGAAAUCGAUAGCUCAGGUUGUUAAACCUGAAUUGGAAGAUUUAUUUGACAGCACCCGUAAUGAGUUUGACUCUUUUGAUGAUAUAUUGAAACUCUAUGAAGGAGGGAUUGAGCUUCCUGACGGUCCGCUAGAAAAUAUUAAGAAAAAUAUUCCCUCGGAGAUGCUUAAGGAAAUAUUUCGAACUGAUGGGGAAAACCUUUUCAAAUUUCCAAAGCCUCAAGUGAUUCAAGAUAAUCAUUCUGCUUGGAGGACUGAUGAAGAAUUUGGCAGAGAAAUGUUGGCUGGAGUAAACCCUGUUAUUAUUCGUCGUCUUGAGGUACACAAAAGAAUUUCCCCGAAAAGCAAGCUAAGCAAACUAUAUGGUGACCAAAAUAGUAAGAUAACUGGUGAGCACAUAAAGGAUAAUCUGGAUGGACUGACCAUAGAUGAGGCAAUCAGGAACAACAGGAUGUUCAUAUUAGAUCACCAUGAUGCACUAAUGCCGUACCUGAGGAGUGUAAACACUACUUCCACAAAGACUUAUGCCACAAGGACUCUGCUUUUCUUGAAAGAUGAUGGAACUUUGAAGCCUCUUGCAAUCGAGUUAAGCUUGCCACAUGAAGAGGGAGAUAGAUAUGGAUCCGAGAGCAAAGUCUACACCCCAGCUAAAAAUGGCGUUGAAGGUUCCAUUUGGCAGCUGGCUAAAGCUUAUGUGGGUGUAAAUGACUCGGGCUAUCAUCAGCUUAUCAGUCACUGGUUGCAUACUCAUGCUGUGAUUGAACCAUUUGUGAUAGCAACAAAUAGACAGCUCAGUGUGCUUCAUCCGAUUUAUAAACUUCUGGAACCUCACUUUCGCGACACGAUGAACAUAAAUGCACUGGCUAGGCAAAUCCUCAUUAAUGCUGGUGGAGUGCUGGAAUUGACAGUUUAUCCUUCCAAGUAUGCCAUGGAAAUGUCAUCUUCACUUUACAAAAGCUGGAAUUUCGUUGAGCAAGCACUUCCUGAAGAUCUGAAGAAGAGAGGAGUGGCAGUUGAGGAUCAACAUUCUCCACAUGGCGUUCGCCUGCUGAUAGAAGAUUACCCAUAUGCUGUUGAUGGGCUAGAGAUAUGGUUUGCAAUCAAAGAAUGGGUCAGAGAUUACUGCUCUUUCUACUACAAGGAUGAUGGCAUGAUUCAAAAGGAUUCUGAACUACAAUCAUGGUGGAAGGAAGUGAGAGAGGAAGGGCAUGGUGACCUGAAAGAUGCACCCUGGUGGCCAAAGAUGCAGACUCGUGAAGAAUUAAUAGAUUCCUGUACCAUAAUCAUAUGGGUAGGUUCUGCUCUUCAUGCAGCUGUCAACUUUGGACAAUACCCUUAUGGAGGCUACCUUCCUAAUCGUCCAAGCAUAAGCCGCAGGUUCAUGCCUAAGAAAGGCUCUACUGAUUAUGAGGAGCUCAAGUCAAACCCUGAUAAGGCUUUCUUGAAAACAAUCACUCCCCAGCUGCAAACGCUUCUCGGCAUUUCCCUUAUAGAAAUUCUGUCAAAGCAUUCAUCAGAUGAGGUGUAUCUUGGGCAGCGAGACACUCCUGAAUGGACAACAGACCGAAAACCAUUAGAGGCAUUUGAGAAUUUUGGAAAGGAACUAGCAGACAUUGAGCACAGGAUAUUAAAUAGGAACAAAGAUGAGAAAUUGAAGAAUCGUGUUGGCCCAGUCAAGAUGCCAUACACUUUGUUGGUUCCUACCAGUGAAGUUGGACUCACUGGAAGGGGGAUUCCAAACAGCGUUUCAAUCUAA